AUGGCCAGAGAAAUCACUGAUAUUAAGCAAUUUUUGGAACUAACCAGAAGAGCCGAUGUUAAGACUGCUACCGUCAAGAUCAACAAGAAGCUAAACAAGAACGGUAAGCCAUUCAGACAAACCAAGUUCAAGGUUAGAGGUUCCAAGAACCUAUACACUUUGAUCGUCAACGAUGCUGGUAAGGCUAAGAAGUUGGUUCAAUCUCUACCACCAACUCUAAAGGUUAACAAGUUAUAA